CCUGGUUUGGCGGUGUCUCGUCACAAAAGGGGCACACUCCUUUAACUGCCGAGGAUAUUCGACACGUGUGCAAACUCCAGUAUCCAGGAGGUAGACAACUACCAACGAUACGAGACCUACCUCAAUUGCCAAUACGUUUCCGAACUGUACAUUGGGCCAUCGGCUGCGCUUACGGGUCUCAUUAUGAGCGGAUCUAACAUCGCUGAUAGCGUUUCCAAAGAUGCGCCUGUGGUGGUGAUGCCACUCCCACCAACAACACGAGUCACGCUGGCAACAGGGUAUAACACAGUAGACGAAAAGUUGACGGGCCACUCGAGACCGCGCGGGCAGUCGCAUAGCAGUACUACUAUCCCAAGAGUCAAGCGAAAAGGCAACAGCUCCUUGAACAACACCGCCAGUUGGCCACUCGACACUCAAAUAGCUAUCUCGUUCAAUCUCGUCGCGCUCCUCUUCCUCACGCACUUGUGUGUGCCUAAAGCCCGAUACUACACGUCCCGGUUCUUCUUGACGUCAUACUACAAUGCGAAUACUGGAAAGUAUGCCGCUGGGGGCGACGAUUUUUACUUCCUUGGACUUUGCGUUGUCCUCUUUACUGGUGCCCGUGCCAGCUUCAUGAAGUACUUUCUGGCACCACUAGCUAGACGGUGGGGCAUAUCGAAGAGGAAAGACAUCGCCAGAUUUUCCGAACAAUCAUGGCUUCUGUGCUACUACUCAGUGUUUUGGACGCUCGGCUUGCACAUUUACUGCACCUCGACAUACUUUCUGAACCUAAGGGAGAUGUUCACAGACUGGCCCACCAGGGAACUAUCCCAUGUAACAAAGGCAUACAUAUUGGGUCAGUGGGCCUUCUGGUUGCAGCAGAUCAUCGUUAUCAACAUCGAGGAGCGACGCAAAGAUCACUGGCAGAUGCUGGCCCAUCACAUUAUUACGGUCAUGCUCAUUUCGGCUUCGUAUGGCCUGCAUUUGACUCGUGUCGCCAAUCUGAUAUUGGUCUUGAUGGACGUUGUCGAUAUUUUUUUCCCACUCGCCAAGUGUUUAAAAUAUCUGGGAUUCUCAACCUUGCGCGACAUCAUGUUCGGUUUCUUCAUGCUGUCGUGGUUCGUUGCCCGUCAUGUCUUUUACAUAAUAACUAUGUGGAGUAUCUGGAGUCAUAUGGCAGAGAUAAUUCCCAUCGGUUGCUACCACGGGUCGCAGAAUGAUCUAAUUGGGCCGACACCCUUACCCGAUCACGGCUUUUUGCACAUGCUGGAACCGUUUCGAAAGCCAGCCGGCACCAUUUGCUACAGCGACAGCAUACGAUGGGGAUUCCUUGGUGCUUUAGGGUUUCUUCAAGCCCUCACCAUCGUUUGGUUCUUCAUGAUUGUCCAAGUUGCUAUCCGUGUUAUCAAGGGCAUCGGCGCUGACGAUAUUCGGAGUGAGGAUGAGGGCGACGAUCAGGAAGAGGAUGAUGAUAAAGGGCAUAGGGAUUGUCAUCGGGCAUCUCAUCCCAUCGAAGUCCGUGUCGAGGCUUCUGACCUCCACCUGCGAAAGCCCAGGAUCAGUGGCAAGAGAACCGCGAGCUCAUCUGGUGUGAGCCUCACUAGGGGCGGUGAUCGGAAGGAAUUGUUGAACCGAAUCGGAUGUGAGAGACAAGUUGAUUGAGGGUGGUUCUCGAGGAUGGAGAUUCCCCAUGAAGGAAACUCGUCAACAGUAUUUCAUAGAGUUCAGCGAGCUGCCUUUCAUAGGCGGUGAAUGACUGGGCCGGAUAGGAUGAUUAUGGAAUGAACUCACACAGGACAAUUGGGAUUCAGCGCACGGGGAGGAAGGGGGGGGAAAAACGUGGAUGAGUGACGCCGCCAAAACUCAGCAUACGAAGCUGCUUUGCAACGGUGUACUAGUCUGCUUGCAACACAAUUCCCCACCGUUUGGUUUAGGUACCGAUCUAGAGCCACAUGAUGGAGGGUGUAGCACGAUGUUAGCGGCGCUCCUAGCUAGCAGAACUCAGGCGUAUGGAAUAUGGAGCGGCGCUGGUGGGCAGUAUCGGAUAACGAGCAUGUUCCUCAGUUGACCCAAGC